AUGGCCAAUCCUCAUCAAAAGGCAGAUCGGUGGUCGUCAGCGGAAAAUACGUUGUUGAAUGUUGUACAAUCGAAAAAUGAUCGAGCAUCUGCAAGUGACCUAAGUACAACGAAUUCUAACAAUAAUUCAUCUAAUGAUCAAAAUUUAACGAAUUCCAAAACGGAAGAUAGUGAACAUUUAUCGUUACCCGAAGCGAGCUUACCACGUACUUCAUCGGCAAGAACAACUCCGGCUUUAGCAGACAGCAUGUCACAGCAAGUACUUCGUCUAGCUGAAAAAAUCAAUGAUCAAUAUUUGACGUGUAAAAUAUGUCUGGAACCAUUCAAAGAUCCGAAAUGUUUAACUUGUUUACAUACAUUUUGCGAACAGUGUAUUGAAAAUCAUGUUUCUGCUCAAAGAUCAUACAAAUACACUGAUUAUCGUGAAUUUGCGUGUCCAAUAUGUCGAAAGAAGACAGCGAUUCCAUCGGGUGGUGUUCACAAGUUACCCGACAAUUUCUUAAUCGCUGGUUUAUCCGAAAUGAUCUCACAGAAGAAUCCCAAUGGAACUGGAUCGAUCAAAGUACUAACAAAUUGUGAAAUUUGUAAAGCUGUUCACGAUCGUGAACGCGAAGCCACAUCACGCUGUCUGGAAUGUCAGAAAUUUCUCUGCCGACAAUGUGUUCAAGCACAUCAAACAAUCACCGUUACACGUGAUCAUUCGAUUUACGAAUUGGAAAUCGAAAAAGACAUCCUAUGCAAACAUCAUCCAUCAGAAUUCGUGCGAUAUUAUUGUGAACAAUGUGAAACGUGUAUUUGUAUUGCUUGUACUUAUGUUGACCAUCGUGAUCACGAUCUGGCAGAUUUCCGAGCAGCAGCUGCGCAUCACAAAUCGUACAUAAACGAAUGUCUUGAUGGAUGUAAGACGCGUAUGGGCGAAUUAGAGGCUUAUUUAAAUAUUAUUCGUCGAUGUGAUGCGAAUAUCGCGCAGAUUGAAGCGAGUAUUCAUGCGUUGGCGAGCACAUUUGAAAAAUCCCUACGCAUCAAAGAGCAAGAACUUGUUCAACAAAUCUCGGAGUUAUAUGGCGAAGAAACAAACGAAUUUAUCAAGCGUCGAGAAGAAUUGGAUGAAUACUUCGAACAAAUUAAAAAUACUUGUUCAUUAACAGAACUUGUUGUCCACGGGAAAGACAUUGAACUGUUAUUAGUAAAGAAACAAUUGAUGGAGAAGUUUCGUGAACUGGAUGCCGUUGAACUGGACCCAUUACCAGAGAAUAUUUGUAUGAGAUUGGAUUUUCAACCGGGACAAUUACAUUUAGGAACGUUGAAGAUCUGUGAUGUGACACCAGAGGAUGAUGAUGAACGCGAAGGUGAGAUUGAAGAAGAAGAAGAAGAAGAAGAAGAGGAGGAGGAAGAAGAAGAGGAAGAAGAUGAAGAAGUCGAAGAAAAUGAUGAUAGAGAAGAGUUUGAAGGAAAACCAGAGAAGACAAAAGAUGCCGAUGCCGAUACCACAGAUCUCAAUCCAGAAUCUGCCAAAACCUUUGUUUCCAUAGCGACUCAAACAGAUGAUGUCAUAACGACAGCGCAAGCUGUACAGACAGUAGAAGAAGUUUCAACGACGACGAAUGAAUUUAACUUUGACAGUAAUGCUGUUCCACGAUCUUCAUUACCAACAGAAGAAAAUGGUUCACUUUCACCUACCGCUCUCGCCACGUCAUCAUCUGCACCUCCGACAUCUUCAACUGAAGGUAAUGGAAAUAUCUACGAACAAAGUAAUAAGUUAUCGCGUCGCGUUCGUCGUCUUCUCAAACCAACAUGCAGUGUUGCCGUUCUACCGAAUACCGAUGUAAUUAUUCUCGACUGUGAACAAAAUCUCGCAUCAAUUCUCGAUAAAAAAGGCAAAUUUAAAUAUUGCUUCACAUCAGAAAUUCCCGCGACUGAACGAAAAGGCUUUGCUGUCGCUGGAUUUUCCUCGACAGCAAACGUAAGUAAUGCCCCAGCUGGUUCAAACCGUACAGUUCGAAUCCCAACGCAACAAGGUGUUUUAUGUAUUAAAUUGAAAGGUGAACGAGUUAGCGAAUUACCAUUUGGCUUCACUGUUCAUGCUUUCAAUUCAAUCUCGGAAAGUGACAAUUGA